GCUUCGGUUUCUUUCUGCUGUGCUUCGAGCGCUAGUUUCUCUCCGUCGAGCGCCGUCCGUCGUUCGACAUCCGCGUUCGGCCGGAGAUCCAGGCUCAACAUCGGGAGAGACAGGCAGGGGAUAUCUCCAUUGUCUCCCGUUUUAGGCGAUGAUUUGGCUGGUGGCGUGGGUAGUUGCCCCCGGAGUAAGGCCGCCUGUAUCUUGCGCAUGCGCGCAAUUUUUCUCUUCCGUGCUCGUGCGCGCUUUGUCAGUUUCUUGUUAGUGGGCGCUGGUUGUCUGACGCAUUUCUUACACCGUGUUCUGGGUGUUGCGGUGGAAUAUAGAAAUGGCGUCGCUGCUUCGACCCAUCUCGAUCUUCGCCAACUCCUGCGCGCGAAUUUUGCGCGGAGCCUCGUUAGCCGGAGAGUGCCUGGACUGCGUUCUUUUGAUGAGGUCAUUUUUCUCCUGAGAGCCAUAGGGAGUACAUAUAUGUGUUUGGGGAUGUGUGUUGGUGCUUUGGCGUCAGUUGUGCGGAUCUUCAUUACCAGAAAUCGUCGGCGUUCUAGGAAAUAGGGGGAUGGAUAAUUGUAC